AUGACAUCAACCCCAAAGAAAUCAUCUGAAGCUGAAGACGUAUUGGAAUUCUUAGCAUCAUUGCCAGAGUCUGAUCAAUCAAAACUGAAAGAUUUAAAAGAUAAAAAGGCAAAGAAUGGGAACGCUGAUGAUAGUGAUAUUUUGGAUUUCUUGGAUGAAUUGGAAGCUAAUGAUCAAAAAAAGAAAAAGACAAAAGAUAUAAAGAGUGAAGAGAAGAAAGACAAUAACCAACAAGAACCAAAACAGAAGGAAGAGAAAUCUGAAGAGAAACCUGAAGAAGAAACAAAAGGACAAACUGAAGUUUCAAAAGAUACUGAUAAUAAUAAUGAUGAUGAAUUACCAGAACUAAAUGAUCCAAUCACCUCGUUAUCAAAUUGGUGGUCAUCAAGUGGAUCAGCAACUGUUAAUUCAUUUUGGAGUAAUGCAACUCAACAAGCAAAUAAUUUUGCUCAAAAAGCUACAGAGGAAGCUUCAAAAUUUGCAAAAGAUAAUAAUUUAGAUGAAUCUUUUAAAAAAUUACAAAAUUUACAAAUUGAUGAAGAAACUAGAAAAAAAAUUUUAAAUAAUAAUGAAGAAAUUAAUUUACCUGAUCCUUCAAGAGCUUUUGGAUUCUUGACUAAAAAUUUAACAAAUGUUUUAAAUUCAAUUGUACAAACUGAUGAGAUUUUAAAAAUUCAAUUGAUCCAUGAUUUGGAAAAUUUUAAUAACCUAGAUCAAUUAUUAACUAAAAAUUUCAGAAAAGUUAUUAAACAAGUUCAAGGUGGUAUUAAAAUUGAAUUGAAUAAAAAUAGUACAUUAAGAAAUCACAACAAUAGAAAUUUAAACUUAUUCAAUGGGAAAUUAAUUGAUGGUGAAAAAUUAGCAUUUGCAAAUUUAGAAAAUUCAAUAAAUUCUUUUAAACAAGAAGAAAUUGAAGAUGAAGUUAGAAGUUCAAAAUUAUUCAUAUCAAUUUUACCAAUUCAUAUUUCAUCAACAUCAGGGAAUAAAGAUGACAUUGUACCAAUUGAUAAUCAAUCAAGUGGUUCAUUUUCAUUCACAAUCAUUUUAAAAGAUAUUACUCAUGAUAUAACAAUCAUAACAAGAUCUCAAGCAUUCCCAAUUAAAUGGGCUCAUUGGUUAGAUGGUUCAGUAAAUACUGAUGAUAGUGAUCAAGAAAAAAACGAGGAUGAGAACCAAGAUGAAGAUGUUGAUCCUUCAGAAUGGGUUAAAGAUUGGAUUGAUGAUGGAUUAUCAUUGACUUUUGGUGUAUUGGCACAAACUUAUGUUGUCAAGAGAAUGGGUUACGAUUAG